GGAGUCGGCGGCCAUUUUGAAUAUUUUGACAUUUGUUGAUUCGAUGAACUUGAGCACGUUGUGAUUUAACUUUUUACGAGAUAUUUUUGUUUAAAUUCUAUUUAACUAUGUCUAUGUUAGCUGGACCUCGUCGAAAACAAAGAGUUAUUAAUUUACGGGCAAAAAACAAUGAGUGGAGCAAUGAUUCUACCAAGUUUGGGCAGAAAAUGUUGGAAAAGAUGGGUUGGAGCAGCGGCAAGGGGUUAGGUGCUAAAGAAAACGGAAUUGUGGAGCAUGUUGUGGCCAGAUACAAGAACGACGAUAGAGGCCUUGGGUUUGAGGACAAAAAUGACCAGUGGACCAAACAUGAAGACGAUUUCAAUGCCUUACUAGCAAACCUAUCUAAUGAUACAAGCACUGAAGAAAAACUCCACAGUGGAAUUUCUUUGGAAGACAAAUCAAAAAAGAGCAAAGCGAGAGUACAUUAUCAUAAGUUCACACGAGGAAAGGACCUGUCCCGCUACAGUGAAAAGGAUUUGGCUAAUAUUUUUGGCAAGAAAACAUUUAAAGAAGAAACUCCUGUAGAGAACAUUGAAAAAGAAGAUGUUAAAAUCACAGAGCAGAAGUUUACUGAAAAGGGAAGCAUGGAGGACUACUUUAAGAAUAAACUUGCCUCAUUAAAGUCUAAAAGCAGUUUUCUACAACAAAGGACUGAUAAUGAUUGUGACAAUGAUGAUGCAGAUUAUUCCUUUAAAGGUUUUUCAGGCACAGCUGAUGAUGAUAAUGAAGAAGUUCCACAAGGCCUGGGGUUCCAAUCAUUUUCAUUUUACAAUACAGAAACCAGUAAGCCAGAGCAAUCUGAGACUGCCCUAGACGUUUCACAAAGUGAACAUAACAUCAAAAAGAAGAAGAAAAAGUCAUCUAAAAGAGAUCAAUCAUCAGAACAACCAGAAGAUACUUCUCAAGCUGAAUCAGAACAUGUAUCCGAUGAACCACAGCAGGGUUCCAGCAAAAAAAGCAAAAAGUCAAAGAAACAUAAACUGGAGGCCCCAAUCGCUCCUGAGAGUGUUGAGAAUAUUGUACCUGAAUCUAAGAAAUGUAAAAAGAAACGAAAACAUAGCAAUGAAGAGGACACGCAAGAACAGCCACAGCUUGUUGAAAGUGACCAUAUACAUAAGAAAAAAAAGAAAAAGAAACAUGUUUAAAAGUAAAUAUAAUGUGUAUAAACUAUUCA